AUGAGCACGGGCGAGCUUCUCAGCAUCGAGCCUCUGGAGCUCAAGUUCCCCUUCGAAUUGAAGAAGCAGAUCUCUUGUUCGCUUCUGCUCUCGAAUAAGACCGAUAACUAUGUCGCUUUCAAGGUCAAAACUACGAAUCCCAAGAAGUAUUGUGUUCGUCCGAACACGGGAAUUGUCUCGCCUCGAUCCACAUGUGAUGUUAUAGUUACAAUGCAAGCACAAAAAGAGGCUCCUCCAGACAUGCAAUGCAAGGACAAGUUUCUCCUCCAGAGUGUAAAAACCAAUGAUGGUGCAACUCCAAAGGAUAUUACUCCAGAAGUGUUCAAUAAAGAGGCGGGAAAUGUGGUUGAGGAGUGCAAAUUGAGAGUGGUAUAUGUUUCUCCACCUCAACCCCCUUCUCCGGUUCCAGAAGGGUCUGAAGAAGGGUCUUCACCAAGGGGUUCUGUUAUGGAGAAUGGAAAUGUGAAUGGUGCUGAGUUUUCCAAUGCUGCAAAAGCAUUUAGUGAGCAGCUUGAACCUCAGGAGAGAUCUGCAGAGGCAAGAUCACUUUUAUUGAAACUGACAGAGGAAAAGAAUAAAGCAAAUCAACAAAGUAAUAGGCUUCGCCAGGAGCUGGAACUCUUGAAGCGUCAAGGGAGCAAAAGUCGUGGUGGUGUUUCGAUCCUUUUCGUCAUUAUUGUUGGCUUGAUUGGCUUACUUUUGGGCUAUCUCAUGAAGAAGUCGUAA